AUGGGCUCUACGUCUAUAGAAUCAGAGCAGCUGCAGGCGUUUCAGGCGUCGACCUGGCAGGAGACGGGCACGCUGGAGGCACUGGGCGGGCAUGGGGUGCGGGCAAUCGCGGUGGACCUGCCAGGCCACGGCGUGACUGGCGGGCAGGCGCUCCCCCCCAACAGCCGCGCCGCCUUCUUGCAAGACCUGCUCAAGGCGCUGCACGUGCGGCAGCCGCUGGUGCUCAUCACGCCCAGCAUGUCGGGCUCCUACAUCCUGCCCUGGCUGGCAGACCACGCGGCAGAGCUGACCGCCUGGGUGGCGGUGGCGCCGGCAGGCCUGAAGCAGUGGGUGCCUCAGGGUGUGCUGGAGGCGGCGAGCAAGGAGGCCAAGCUGAAGGUGCUGGCCAUCUACGGCGAAAAGGAUGGGAUGCGGCCCGACUUUACUCUCAUCGAGGAUGCACUGCCCAGAGCGCAGUUCCUGCUCAUCCCGGCCGCAGGCCACGCAUGCUACAAGGAUGCUCCCAAGCUGUUCAACAGGGAGCUGCUGCGCUUCCUGGACAAUGAGGUGGCGGGGUAG